GAGUGGGGUGAGAUAUCCCAGUAGUAACUGUUACGGAUGUAAGAUGGGAACCUGCAAGACGUUUUUUGAUCUGAAAGUCUGCUACCGCAAAGUGCCCGUAUAAUGCAAACUUUGGAAGGAGAUGUGAGCGCAGAUAUGGCCACUGACAAGUUGAAGAGCGUGCGGAGGAAUUUGCACCCAGCUGAAGCAAACCCAGUAUUACAUCCUACGUCUGGGCUCUAUUCACAAUCAUCUGUUGGGGACUACAGAUACACCUUGCCAAACUCAGUAUUAACAGAUGCUCAAAGGAAAUUCUAUGAAGACAAUGGCUUUCUUGUUAUCCCUAAAUUAGUCAGUAAAGACAAGCUAGAGAAGUACAGAGUAAGAUUCCAAGAAAUAUGUGAGAAGAAAGUAAUUGUGCCCAAUAUUACCAUCAUGAGGGAUGUGGCCAUUGCAAGUUCCGAGUUUGUACCUGGGGAGCAAGCUAUCACAAAACUACAGGACUUUCAAGAGGACCCUGUCUUGUUUAGUUAUUGUUCUCUUCCCGAGGUAACAAAGUAUGCUGAAGCAUUCCUUGGACCAAACAUAAUGGCCAUGCAUACUAUGCUGAUCAACAAACCUCCAGACCCAGGCACCAAAUCCUCCAGACACCCAAUGCAUCAGGACCUUCACUACUUCCCUUUCCGUCCCGCCGACAGGAUUGUCUGCUCGUGGACCGCCAUGGAGCCUGUCAACCGCCAAAAUGGCUGCCUGGUGGUGCUGCCUGGGACCCACAAGGGGGAGCUGCUGGUGCAUGAUUAUCCCAAGUGGGAGGGUGGUGUAAACAAGAUGUAUCAUGGUAUUCAGGACUAUUCUCCAGAUCACCCCAGAGUUCACCUGGAGAUGGCGCCAGGAGAUACUGUUUUCUUCCACCCGCUUCUUAUCCAUGGGUCAGGAAUGAACAGGACGAAAGGGUUUAGGAAAUCCAUCUCCUGCCACUAUGCGUCUUCUGACUGUGAGUAUAUCGAUGUGACAGGCACCAGUCAGUCAGGGCUGGCUAACGAGGUCCAGAAGAUUGCAGAGAGGAGACUUGGAAAGGACGUGCAGGUCACGUUUUCUGACAUAUGGUCACUGAAGGCCAGAUUGGUCAAGGGGGUGCAAAGUAAGUUAUAAAGACAAGGCUGAAGAUGACCAGUGAGAUGACCAAUGAACUUUGAUUUUACAAAAGAUGACCAAUGAGAUAACCAGUGAGCAUUGAGUUUAUAGAACAUGACCAGAAGGAGGAUGCCAUGUGGAUACAAAAACAAAAGCACUAAUAAUGUGAUAUUUUAAGGACUUUUUUCAGCAAAAGAUUGGUUGUAAUCCUUGAGACAAUUUUGAGAUAAUAAUUUAGAAAAAAUACAAGUUCUUUGACAUGCAUCAAAUCAAAAGAAAAAUAUGUCUAGAAAGAUUGGACGCCGGCUGAUUGAAAGGCAUGGUGGGACCAUGAUUUUGUAAAGAAGAGAGGGGCACAAAGAGAAAAAAGUUUUCAGGAGCAAAAUGAGGCAAAGAUAAAAUGGUAAUUGAGGAUAUUUUACUGUAUUAUGUAGUACGCAGGGAUAAUUUUUUACAGUAAUUUAUUUAUUAUUAUUUGUUUGCAUAUACCUCUGUCCCCAGAAGCACUGUUGUGUGAGACAUUGGGGUGAAUUGCAAGAAAUGCUUCUACUAAUCACAAGCUGUUAGUUUACAGAUGUUUUUGACAUUAUUUAAUCUGAAGCACGAGUAUCAACUUAAGGAUGUAUGUGAUCUAUAAUAAUUAUUCUAUUCAGUCAACAUGAAAGAGAGGCUUUGUGUUGAAUUUUGAUGUAAAAACUUCGCGAUUUUUUAAAAUAAUUUUACUGCACGAAUAGAGUAUGUUAUUUUUGCACUUUGACCACACAACUUAAUAUCUGAUUAAAAAUUUCUUUUCACUUUUACGGUAAAACUUUAUCUGCACAUGGUUGUUGGGUUAAAGUGGGAUUUUUAGGUUUGAGAUAUUUUUCUCCACAACUUUUUACCAAAAUAAAAAAUGACUUCAGAAUUAGCUCAAACAAAUUUUCA